AUGCGCCGACCAUCCACCUCAUCCGCCCGCAAACGCUCCACCUCCACAUCCUCGCCCACCAUAUCCCCGCCCUCACCCAACCGCAACCGCUCCUCCAUAUCCCCGCCCUCACUCAACCGCAACCGCUCCUCCAUAUCCCCGCCCUCACCCAACCGCAACCGCUCCCCCAUAUCGUCCCCACCCUACUCGCCUCCUCCGCGGGCCGAACGGCCCUCUAACCCACCCGACCCGCCACUGACGCUCCUCCACCCGACAACAAGCAGGCCUGGCCCUCAUAUUCCAGACCAGAAUGACAAAGGGAGUCGCUGGAUACCAUUCAGUGGCAUGUGGCGAGACAUCUCCCACCGCGCACCCUAUUAUCGCUCUGACUGGACCGACGCGUGGAACUACCGCGUAAUCCCAAGCACGUGGUUCAUCUUUUUCGCCAACGUACUCCCGGGCCUGGCCUUCUCCUUAGACCUAAUCGAGGAAACCGGGCUCUAUGGGGUGCAAGAAGUCCUCCUCGCCAGUUUUAUGGCGGCGUUCGUCGCCGCCGUAUUUGGCGGCCAACCACUCCUCAUCUCAGGCGUAACUGGACCAAUUACAGUGUUCAACAAGACCAUCUUCGAUAUCUUUCGAGGACGAAGUGACUGGAAUUACCUCCACUUCAUGGGAUGGGUAUAUCUCUGGGCUGCCAUCUUGCAUUGGAUCGCCGCAGCGCUUAACGCGGUCCGUGGACUCAAGUACGUUUCGAGGUUCUCCUGCGAUACGUUCGGGCUGUACGUUUCCGUCGUAUAUGUGCAAUAUGGCAUCCAGGUCGUCACACGGCAAUUCCAUCAGUCGUCAACCCCCUCCGCCUUUCUCGGUGUUCUCCUCGCCAUCCUGACUCUGGUCCUGCCACAUUAUGCCAACGCCCUAGCCCGGUCGGGAUACAUCUCCAAACCCUUCCGCCGCUUCUGUGCAGACUACGGAAUGCCCAUUACGAUCGUCGCUAUGACAGGCCUAGCGUAUUGGGGUAGAUUCAACCCCUACGUCCAAGAGGACGGGAUGACUCUUCCCGUGGUAUUGCAUUCUUUCCGCCCGGCCGGCGGACGGGAGUGGCUGGUCGAGUUCUGGCACCUACCCGGUAAAUACGUCGGCAUGGCGUUCCCUUUCGGCGUGAUUCUCUUUGUCCUUUUCUACUUUGACGCAAAUGUGUCCGCCCUCAUCGCGCAGGGAUCCGAGUUUCCGCUGCGUAAACCCGCGGCCUUUCACUGGGACUUUUUCCUCCUCGGCAUCACAACGUUUAUUGCGGGUCUGCUUGGGGUACCAGCGCCGAAUGGACUUAUCCCCCAGGCGCCGCUACAUACAGCGUCUCUGGUAGUGAUGGGUAACGAGGGGGAGGAGCAAGGGAUGGACGAGUCUCCAGCCGAGUUGGACGACCCGGUUGGCGAGAAACGUCCGCGCUCAACCAGCACGGCAAUGGCUGAGGCUGAGGCUGGACUCACGCGCCGCCGCACCUCGACCAGCUUCCGAGAGAGCCAGGGCCACGACCAACGUCGUGAGUCCCACGCGCGUCCCUCGCGCGACCAACGUCAAGUCCCCAUCGCCGUGGUCGAACAACGCGUCUCAAACCUCGCCCAAGGCAGCCUCUGUCUAGUCCUAAUGACCAAGCCCUUUGAACAUGUCCUGGGCCUCAUCCCAAAGGGCGUAAUGGCCGGCCUGUUCUGGUACAUGGGCACGGACGCGCUGCUAUCGUCUGGCGUGACGGCAAAGCUACUGUAUCUGUUGAGGGAUCCACAGGCGCGGUCGCCCUCUGAUCCUUUAAAUACUAUCCGGAAAAGCAAGAUCGCCCUGUUCACCCUAAUAGAGUUGGCGGGAUUCGGCGCCGCGUUCGGUAUCACCCAGACCAUUGCGGCGGUCGGGUUCCCAGUCGUCAUCAUGCUUCUGGUGCCAUUGAGGUAUUUUGUCAUUCCGGCGUGGUUUACGCCGCUAGAGCUCGAUGUUCUCGAUGGGCCUGUGGCCUCGGCUUUCACUAUGCAGAGUGUUGCCGCGUAG